UCAUUUGGAUUUUGGACUCUUCUGAGCUAAGUAAUGGUGGGUUUUUAAAAGGAGACCCCCAUUAAACCUUAAACAAGCACCCAACUCUGUCCUUCGGAUCCAUUUCAGCACUCCAAAGGUGGGGUUAAAUCCUCCUCACAAAAAGCUCAAGUGCCAAACCGCCCACUCCCUCCUUUUUCUUCUCCACCUCCUCCCAUCGCUAUAUAUAAUCCCUUCUUUGGUGAACCACCAUCAGCCAACCCAAUAAUAGAAACAAGCUAGAAUUCCUUUCCUUUUCUUAGGUACUAGAACAGUACCCACAUGAAGAAAUCUCCUCCCUCUCCUCCUCCCCCAUCAUCUCGUUCCUCUUCCUCUUCACCUUCCAACUAUGCACCCCUUUCUUCUUCCAAUGUGAUCCCUGUGAACAAGCCCCAGUCCAAGUCGAAGUCCAAGCCAAAGCAAAAGAAAGGUAAGAACCCAGAUAAAGCCCAUUCAGAAAGUAUCAGGAGAAGAAGCUCUAUCUACAGAGGAGUCACAAGGCAUCGAUGGACUGGGAGAUUUGAAGCUCACCUGUGGGACAAGAAUUGGCAGCACCCCCUCCACAACAAGAGAGGCAGACAAGUUUACUUGGGAGCUUAUGAUGCUGAGGUGGACGCCGCCCGAACUCAUGAUUUAGCUGCCCUUAAGUUCUGCGGUCCUGAAGCAAUCUUAAAUUUUCCUGUGGAAAUGUAUACAGGAGAGUAUAGGGAGAUGCAAACCAUGUCCAGAGAAGAGUGGGUGGCUUCUCUUAGGCGCAGAAGCAACGGCUUUGCCAGGGGAGUCUCUAAGUACCGUGGGGUGGCCAGGCAUCACAACAAUGGCCGGUGGGAGGCCAGGCUUGGCCUGGUACUUGGCUACAAAUACCUGUACUUGGGAACAUAUGAGACUGAAGAGGAGGCUGCCCAAGCUUAUGAUCUGGCUGCUCUACAAUUCAAAGGGCCAAAUGCAGUGACAAACUUUGAUAGUUGUUCUUAUGUGAAUUGCCCUCGGCCAUUUAUGGAGCUACCACCAAAGCUUGAGAUGGAGCAAGGACACCAGGAGUUUAGCCCACUUCAAGAGGCCAGGGUCGUGCCAAUGGAACCAACCAAGUUCAUUGAUCAGACCGUGCCAAGUGAUGACAUUUUGGAUACCAUCACAUCGAGUAUCAUUAGCAUGGAUGAAUUUUUUGAUGCAUAUUCUGUUCUUGAUCUCACCACUGGUUGCUCCGACGAUCUCCGUGACAUCUCCGGCAAUAUCGGCUUUGAGGAUGACAUUGAGCACUUCUUUGAAGGGUUUGAGACUUUGACAAGAGAGGAGGGGCAAAUAAAGGACGGUGGUGCGAAGGAGGACAUGGAAUCUCAAGUAAACUCAGUUUCCCACCCCCUUCAGAUUAGUAUAUGCUCUUAGGAAUCCCGUAUGUCUUUGAGUCUGUUUCCUAUCCCUUCAGGAAGGGAGGAUGUUUAUGUUUUAACGUAAUGGAGAAUGUUGGCAGAAAAUUGAAUAUAUGAUAAUUUUAUUUUUCUAUUAAA